AUGUCGAGUGAUUGCAAUACGGCAAGUGUACUCCACGAAUUGGUGACCAGCUAUGAAGCAAAAGCGUCGUUGAAUGACAGGUUGAUUGACCAAUACACUCUCACACUCGACAAGCGCACGGCACAGCAUUCGUCGCCGGGACUCAUUCCAGCCAUAAACCAGAUCUUGAUGGAUACGGACUAUGAUGCCAUUGAUCCCCGCCGUUCUUUGAUUGCCUUGCUUCAGAAAUUCUUGUCGUAUUUGACAUUUAAGGAGAUCUUGAACUACUACCCGGAGAAUUUCAUUUUGGAAAACUUGUACCAAUCUUGCGGCACAGCAUCGAUCGUAUCCCUCGAGAUUAUCAAUGUCAAUAUCGAUCAGGCGUCAACCAAAGAGUUCAUUCGCAAGAAUGGUGUGGUUCCCAGGCUACUUGAAGUGUAUUUCAACCCGGGAACGUCGAUUGCGGUGUUGAACCAAAUACAAAUCAUGCUGGAACGGGUCGACGACGCGGUGGAUCUCGUGAGACCUUCAUCGGAUCUAUUCUAUUCUGCGAGAAAACUGAAGGACCCCGUGCUAUUGGCUCGUCUUUUGGACGUGUUGUUGAUUCUCUUGCCGAAAAUGCCAGUCGAUCCAAGUCUAUACCUAUUCAGUGGCGACGAGAUCCUCAAAUACACCGACGACUUGAUCUUCACGAUCCUCAUUGUCCAAUUCUACACCAAGCUCAUCGGCAUGAACUUUCCCAUAGAAGACGCCUUGAAAGACUUGUUGAAGAUUUUCACAUCUGGCCCAGAUGUCGACGAGAUGGUCAAACUAGAAAUCGCCGAUCUCAUCGCCAAGAUGUCGUACAACAACUACAAUUCCAUUUUGGAGGCUUCAAAUGUGUUCAAGACGUAUAACUUGUUGCCAGUCUUUGACAAAGAUGAAGCUUAUAUACGCUUAUUGAGUCGCUGCAAUCCCGAUUUGAUUCACGCUCUGACUCCAGCAAUUUAUGAAGACGUCUUGGCGCACUUGGCCUUGUUUGACGCAAGGUUUUUCCCCAUCUUGCUCAACUUCAUCAAGUCUAAACCAGUUUGGAUCUACUUGCAACCGCGACUCACCAAGGAUCGGCUAAGCAAGCUUCCAAAGAAUCUAUUGUUUCACUUGUUAUUGGAAAUGGCAAGAUUCAACUACAGUGGCGAAUACCUAUUCAAUCAACUACCUAGUAUCCUCACUGACGAGUUGUUGGAAUCGGACGUGAGAAAUAACGAGAUUUGGAAUUUGAAAUUGCAAGUCUUGGAAGCUUUGACCAACCUUGAGGCUGUCCCGGGUUACGAUUACUGGCAAGGUAAGUUGAAAGAGUGCUACAAUGUCAUGCGCUUUGGACAACUGUACAAGAACAUCCAGCCAAAAGUGGAUAUCAUUGACGAAACAGCCUAG